AUGCCUUCCAAAGUGUCCUGUUUUUACUUGCUGACGGUGGUCUGCUGGGCGAGCGCCCUGUGGUACUUCAGCAUUUCUCGGCCGACGGCCUCGUACGUGGAGCAGAUCUCCGUGCCUGUACGGAAGACGGUGAAACCCCAGAAAAACGUCACCUUCAGCAACAUCCGCACCCGGCCGCUCAACCCACACGCCUUUGACUUCGUCAUCAACGAGCCCAAGAAGUGUGACUCCGUCACACCCUUUCUGGUCAUCCUCAUCAGCACCACGCACAAGGAGUUCGACGCCCGCCAGGCCAUCCGGGAGACCUGGGGGGACGAGAGCACCUUCAGCGACUUCCGCGUCCUCACCGUCUUCCUCCUGGGGAAAAACACGGAUUCCGUCCUGAACCAGAUGGUGGAGCAGGAGAGCCAGAUCUUCCACGACAUCGUGGUGGAGGACUUCGUCGACUCCUACCACAACCUCACUCUCAAGACGCUGAUGGGCAUGCGCUGGGUGGCCACCUUCUGCCCCAAGGCCCAGUACGUCCUGAAGACGGACAGCGACAUCUUCGUCAACAUGGACAACCUGAUCUACAAGCUGCUCAAGCCCACCACCAAGCCAAGGAGGAGAUAUUUUACAGGCUACGUGAUCAACGGGGGUCCGAUCAGGGACAUGCGCAGUAAGUGGUACAUGCCCAGAGACCUGUACCCCGAGAGUAAAUACCCCCCGUUCUGCUCCGGCACAGGCUACGUGUUCUCAGCCGACGUGGCGGAGCUCAUCUACAAGACCUCGUUACACACCAGACUGUUACACCUGGAGGACGUGUACGUGGGCCUGUGUCUGCGUAAGAUGGGUAUACACCCUUAUCAGAACAGUGGCUUCAAUCACUGGAAGAUGGCCUACAGUCUGUGCAGGUACCGGCGGGUUAUCACCGUUCACCAGAUCUCCCCGGAGGAGAUGCACCGCAUCUGGAACGACAUGUCCAGCAAGAAGCACCUGAGAUGUUAA